AUGAAAGCCUUGCUGCAGCUAAAGGAACAGCUGGGCGCCUUCAGCAUCAGGGCUUCUGAGUGCAGCUGUUGCGAGAUGGAUCAUUGCCACCCCGAAACUGGAGAAGAACUGCUUUGCGACCGAAAAUUAGUCUUCCAGACGCUGAAGCGCUGGUUUCCCGACGAGACAACUCCCGAGGGCCACUUGGAUAAGUUUGACGUCAUGGUCCGGACUCAGCUUAGCGGCUUCGUGCGGGAGAUUUUGGGUUCCGGUGCCCCGCACCUCCGGUUUGUACUGGCAAACACAGCACCACCACUGCUUGGAAUUUUCUGCCAUUACGUGCACAUGGCCGUCACGGAUCCCUUUGACUGGACCGCUUUAGGCUGGAUGAUCGGAUGGCUUCAGGUUCCUCCGCUCGUGCUCCUGUCUUUCUGGGAGAUGCUGCUUUGUUGGAGGAUCGGCGCGCGAUGCCAUGGUCGGGUGCUCUGUGGAUCCUCUUUCCGCUUUGCAUGUGCAUCGGCAUCCCCUUCAACAACCUGCUUUGGUUUCAAUAUGCAGUGA